UUUACUUACUCUGAAGAGUUCCGUUUUUAUCCAGCAAAAGAAAUCACCUCAAUUGCCGGAGAAUUUCAGGCCACAACAGUCUUCCACACGUUUCAUGCAGGAUCAAAACGAGCGUAUCGAUGGGUGCAACAGUUGAAGCAGGAAUGUCCAACACAGACUCCCCAGAUCACCGAGGAGAAGGAGGAGAUGCUACCUGGCUACGAGGACGUGAACAUGGGUGAAUUUGACAUAACUGAAGAGAAGAGCGCAUCGAUCACCAAAAGUUUUGAUCAGCUCCGACUCCGAGUUCGUCACGAAGGUCUCAUGGAUGGCAGUAUGCUGUUCUACUGUAGAAAGGUGAUUGAAGCUCUGCUAAUUAUCGGCACAGCCGUCUACCUACAAUUUAAUGGUUGGUAUAUAACGUCAGCUGUGCUUAUGGGUCUUGCAUGGCAGCAACUCGGAUGGCUUAUUCAUGAGUUCGCACAUAAUCAGCUCUUCAAAGACCAUUGGCAUAAUGACCUCGCAAGUUAUUUCGUGGGCAAUUUCCUGCAAGGAUUCUCUUCGGGUGGAUGGAAAGAGCAGCACAACAUCCAUCAUGCGGCUACCAAUGUCGUCGGACGAGAUGGGGAUCUCGAUCUCAUGCCGCUGUGGGCUACUGUUGUCCAAGACCUCAAG